GUGCAGGAGUAUUCGGACAUCUAUCCGACUCGAAGCUAGGAAGAAAAGGCUCACUAACAGUCGUUUGCAUUAUUAACUCAAUCUUCGGAAUCGCGACAGCUUUCUCCCCAAACUACUGGACCUAUGUGGUUCUCCGGUUCUUGACAGGUUUCAGCACCGGUGGUGUAGGCCUAACCGCGUUUGUCCUAGCCAAUGAACCUAUAGGACCGAGCAAACGCGGUGUAGCCGGAAUGUCAACUUUCUACUUCUUCUCUGCCGGCAUCGCAAUUCUAUCCGGCAUUGCUUACGUUUUCAGAUCAUGGAGGGAGCUUUUCAUAGUGUCUUCGUUACCGUCUCUCUUGUUCCUAAUCAUUGUUAUCCCAUUCAUCUCCGAGUCCCCUAGGUGGUAUCUCGUGAGAGGCAAAGUAGACGAGGCGAUGAAGCUGAUGCAUUGUAUCGCUAAAACGAACGGGCGUCACAUUCCCGACGGAGUCACUCUUGUUGUAGACGACGACGUGGAAGAUAAAAACGGAGAGAGGAAUAAUACUGCUGUUGAGGGUUCGCUCAAAGAUGUUAUACUGUCGCCUCUCACGCGGAUCAGACUUCUCCUUACAGUCGCCAUAAGUUUCACGGUCUCGAUAGUGUACUACGGACUAAGCCUAAACGUAGUCAACCUCAAGACCAAUCUCUACCUCAACGUAUUUGUCAACGCGGUGGCGGAGAUGCCGGCAUUUGCUAUAACAGCGGGUUUGCUAGACAAGUACGGGAGGAAACCGUUGUCCAUAGGGACGCAGUGGUUCAGCUGCGUCUUCUGCCUAGCCGGAUUCGCUAUAUGGGGAGCUGGUACAUGGAAAUCGGUUAGAAUGGUUGCAGGGGUUUUAGGGAUAUUUGGGAUGGCCGGAACGUACAAUCUUCUGUUCAUAUAUAUAGCUGAGCUGUUUCCUACGGUGGUGAGGAACGCGGCAUUGGGCUGCGCUACUCAGGCGUCUCAAAUGGGAGCGAUCCUGGCGCCUUUUGUGGUGGUUUUAGGGGAUGAGUUACCGUUUGGGGUGUUUGCUGUUUGCGGGUUAGUGGGAGGUGGUCUUGCGUUUUACUUGCCGGAGACGCUAAACAAGCCCUUGUAUGAUACAAUGUUUGGGAUGCACGAAGCUGAGAGUAACAGAGGAGGCAGAGAAGAAGAAGUAGUGUGUUAAAAGCAACGGAAUCUACAACAUUUAGACAUGGAGACACAAAUAAAGAUCUUUUUCAAAUGUCGAAUUGUUUUGUACGUUGUGAUUUUUGCGUUAAGGUUUUGGUUUUUGAAUGGUGAAGGCGUUGAUAAAUAAGGUUAACAAUGAUUUUAGUGAACA